CUUUCUUCCGCCGCAAGAAGCCCAGCCACUGCCACCUGUUGUUCGCCGCCACCCUCGAUAUAACCGCCCCGUCUCGAAUCAGUUCGCCUCACGCACGCACCAACACCAAACCAAACUCCACUGUCCCCAUCGCCGCUGCUACGCCUCGCGCACGACGGGCCAUGGCUCCCAGGAAGUUCUUCGUCGGCGGCAACUGGAAAUGCAACGGCACCGGCGAGGACGUGAAGAAGAUCGUGACCGUGCUCAACGAAGCUGAGGUGCCCUCGGAGGACGUCGUCGAAGUGGUGGUGAGCCCGCCGUUCGUGUUCCUGCCCCAGGUCAAGGGGCUGCUGCGCCUGGACUUCGCCGUCGCCGCGCAGAACUGUUGGGUGCGCAAGGGCGGUGCCUUCACCGGCGAGAUCAGUGCUGAGAUGCUGGUAAACCUGCAGGUGCCGUGGGUCAUCUUGGGGCACUCUGAGCGAAGAGCUCUGAUGGGUGAAUCCAAUGAUCUCGUCGCCGAUAAAGUUGCAUAUGCACUCUCCCAAGGUCUCAAGGUAAUUGCUUGCAUAGGCGAGACCCUUGAGCAGAGGGAAGCAGGAACAACAAUGGAUGUUGUUGCUGCACAAACAAAGGCUAUUGCUGAGAAGAUAUCGGAUUGGACAAACGUUGUAUUGGCCUAUGAGCCAGUUUGGGCUAUUGGGACCGGCAAGGUUGCAACCCCUGCCCAGGCUCAGGAGGUUCAUGAUGGUCUGAGAAAGUGGCUCCACUCUAAUGUUAGUCCUGCAGUUGCUGAGUCGACCAGGAUAAUUUAUGGAGGGUCUGUGAAUGGAGCUAACUGCAAAGAGCUUGCAGCUCAACCAGAUGUUGAUGGAUUCCUUGUUGGCGGAGCCUCACUGAAGCCCGAGUUCGUGGACAUCAUCAAGGCUGCGACUGUCAAGUCUUCAUCUGCUUACAUCUUUCAUGCUAUCACCUUCAACUCUACAUCACUGCUCCAACCCUCGCCAACGCCGGAAGGGAAAUUACGAAGAGGACGUCUUGGCCGCAACUCCCCUAGAGGAAGAAGAGACCCUGCUUGGGCUGAGGCCAAGCGGAACAAGGCGGAGGGAGGGAGCAUGGGGAAGGGCGUCCUGGAGGUGCACCUCGUCGACGCCAGGGGCCUCUCCGGCAGCGAUUUCUUAGGGAAGAUCGACCCCUACGUGAUCGUGCAGUACCGGAGCCAGGAGCGCAAGAGCAGCGUCGCCCGAGACCAGGGGAGGAACCCGUGCUGGAACGAGGUGUUCAAGUUCCAGAUCAACUCCUCCGCGUCCAGUGCGCAGCACAAGCUCAUCCUCCGGAUCAUGGACCACGACCACUUCUCCAGCGACGACUUCCUCGGCGAGGCGACGAUUGACGUGACGGACAUCAUCAGCCUGGGCGCGGAGCACGGCUCGUACCACAUGAACGCGGCGAAGCACACCGUGGUCCUCGCCGACAGCACGUACCACGGCGAGAUCAAGGUCGGCAUCACCUUCACCGCCGCCCAGGUACGUACUACACAGUAUCACGCAUCGUGGCGUCAUUGGUUUGGGCUUCGCCCCGUGGAUUUUACAUGCAAGCCGAUGCCUGGUUUCAGGUUGAGGAAGAUGAUGAGGAGAUUGGAGGCUGGAGGCACAGAAGCUUCAACGAGUAGGUGCGGUGAACUCUGAGGAAGUUCUUUGGUUGGUUUGUAGUAAUUCAGGUCGGGUGUAGUUUUUGUCUAUACUGGCAGAAGUUUGUGCCCAAGAUUGUGAUGGGGUUCAUGCGCGCAUUAUCAUUGGCUGGUUAGACGUAUGUGUAAUCAAGUAUGCUUCAAGCCGUCAAGUCUGUAUGACUCUUGAGAUUAGCCGUUGUUGAUUGACCAAUUCUUUCU